UCGUUUCUGUUCCAAUUUUUUUUUCCCCUCCCUCCCUCCACCCCCUCCCCUAGAUGGCAAGCAGUCCUUUAUAUGUUGGAUAUGUUGCAGUAUAUCCUAGAUACAAUAUAUGUUUGCAGAACCGAACAGUUCUCUUGUUGCGUAGGGAGAAUUGGAUUCAGAAGGUAUAAAUAAUCCGGGAAGAAAAACAAAAAUGCAGAUAGUUUACAGUCGUUUCCCAGUGUUCUUUCUUUGGGUGUAGCUGCUUUUGUCCGUCAUUUAUCAAUUGAAACUCAGGUCUCUUUGGUCUGACUAUUCUAAAAGCUUCAACACCCACACCCCCAAUCCACUAAAGGUUGGGUGGGGUAGGGAUCUUUUGUCUUAAAGUCACCCCCACUACUCUCUGCUACUUCAGAUAUGACUCCUUUCCUCGCCCCUGCCUCGUGGGAGGUGGGGUGGGGGAAAGGGCGGCCACGUGGAAUUCCCCCCAACACACACUAAGUGUGCUCCAGCCUUUUUUUUGCAGAGGCUUGACUUGGGCAAAAGAUUUCAAGAAAUAGACCGGAUCUAUAAUUUGUUUCUCCAGCAUUACAUGCAGAAGAUGGCACUUGGAGUUUUGAAGGAAGCUAGAGACCCUGAGAAGAAAGGUAAAGGAAGGAUGCAUUCCAGAUUCAGAGCUUUUUGGAUCUGAUUGUAAUAACCGGAGAGCUGGGUCCUGAACCUUUAAGGAGUGAAUUCUUCAGAAAACAGCCUGCACUUUUUCCUUCUGGACUCAUGGCGUUCAUGGUCCCCAUUUUCCAACUGGCCAUCUCUGUCACUAUGUUUCCCAUCUUCCUACUCCACUUCUUGGGACUGUGGAACUGGAUAUGCAAAAAGCUCUUUCCUUUCUUCAUGGUGCAGUUCACUAAAAGCUACAACAAGGAGAUGUCAUCCAAGAAGCAGGAGCUCUUUAGCAACCUGCCCAAGUUUGCAGGAUCCUCGGGAAAGUUGGUCUUGAUGGAGGUUGGCUGUGGCACUGGAGCCAACUUUAAAUUCUAUCCUCCUGGCAGCAGGAUCACCUGUAUCGAUCCCAAUCCCAACUUUGAGAAGUUCCUGAUUCAAAGCAUUGCUGAGCACCGACACCUCCAGUUUGAACGCUUCCUAGUGGCUUCAGGGGAAGAUAUGCAUCAAAUAGCAGACGACUCCAUGGAUGUGGUGGUUUGCACUCUGGUCCUGUGCUCUGUACAGAAUCAAGAGAAAUUCCUCAAAGAGGUGCAUCGAGUACUGAGGCCGGGAGGUGCUUUUUAUUUCAUGGAGCAUGUGGCAGCUGAACCAUCCACCUGGAAUUUCUUCUGGCAACAGGUUCUCCAACCAAUAUGGCAUCUACUGUUUGAUGGUUGCGACUUAACCAGAGAGACCUGGAAAGCCCUGGAACGGGCCAGCUUUUCCAAGCUCAACCUCCAGCAUCUUCAGGCACCCCUCUCCUGUAAGCUAGUCCGACCUCAUAUCCUCGGCUAUGCCAUGAAAUAAUUGGAUGGGCAGAGUGGUGGUUCUGGGAGUAGUGUCCUCUUCUUUUAAAACUAAAUAUAAAAACAUUGUGGUAAUGGGGAAGGGGAAGAAAGGAGAUUGUUCUUUGUCUCACACAGAAUAGGGAAAGAUGGUCUGUUGUAUUAUAUAUUUCUAGAUCCUGAUCUUCUCCUGGGAAAAUAUGAAAAAAUGCAACCCAGAUCUUGGCUAUCCAGAAUGACUGGAAAAUAUUUAUUAUGGAAUACCAAAAUAAUCUCAAAAUCACAUUCUAUUCAGCAUCUUUGACUUUUCCAACAAUAUAACAUCCUACUCGAGUGUUUAAUAGAGCUAGGUUGAAUUGGAUUUGACACCCUGCCUUCCCCACCCACUCCCUUGUUGCUAAUAAUGUCUGGAUUUGGGCAAUAGAAAGGAGGGGAAGAAGCAAAGUUGAUAAUCUACGAAACAGAACAUGGAAGUCCUUACUAAUUGAAUCUAUGACAUAUAACAAAUUCCCACAAAGAGAUGAGCAGGAUUCAACUGCAGGACUUUUUGAGAUUGGUACCCUAAGUACCACAGUUCAUUCUGCUCAGAUAAGUCUUUUCCCUCUCUCAAGUUCCAUAGGCUGUUAUUUGCACACAUGUUUAACACUGGCCACAGCUUAUUCUGAGUAUAUAUAAACACAAAGCAAUAUUGUCUCCUGUGAGAUAAAAUCCCCUAUAUUUAAAUACAAUUAUUCCUAAUAAUAAUACCCUAAGCACCAGAUCAUAAAUGCUUAAGUAAAUACUGAGACAAGAGGAGGAAGCAGCAUAUAGUAGAAAGAGAUCUGGAUUUGGAGUUGAUGGAACCAGGUUUGAAUCUUGGAACUGUAUGACUGAGCAAACCUCUGAGCCUCUCUGGGACUUAUCUGUAAAAUGAGUAGGUUGGACCUGGAUGACCUUUAAAAUCUAAUAAAAAUGAUUGAUAAAUAUAAUUUUCUUAACUCUCAUAACAAUCCUCAUUUCAAGUGAGGUUCAAAAAAAAAAUCAGUCUAGUGACUAGUUCAAGUUAUAUAAUUUGACCAGCAUACACAGUAUAUGGAUGUAAGUGGACAAACAUAAUUUGGAUAUAAAUUUUAGACAUACAUGCAUGUGUAUAGAUGCUUUAUGUAUACCUAUCUGUGUUUUAUGUACACAUGUUUAUAUAUAAAGUUUACAUCCAAGUUAUAUGAGUUUAUUCAACUGAUAAGAAUAGAGCUAAGAUGUAACCUCAGGGCCUCAGACUCCAUCCAACUCACAUAUACAUCCUACUGUGUCCCUUAGAAGGGCAAACAUUUUUCUACUCGAGCCAUAGCCAAAUGCAUUUAUUAGGAUUAUUAAUACUCAGGUUAUUCUAGUUACUAAGAAAACAAGAGAACCUAAUUACUCUUAGCUAUAGUGAGUCUGGUUAUUCUUUAAUAUGUUUUGGCUUCUUGGUUUUAGUAUUUACCAUUCAGGUGCAAUAGCUUUGCACAGAAUAGGGAUGAGCUCUAGAAAUCAAGAAAGUUGGAGGUAGUGUAAUUUAGAUAAGCUCAAUUAAUAGGUGAACCUAUUAACAGCUCUUCACCAUUUAACUCUGGGCAGGGGUAGUUCUUUGUUCCAAGUGGCUUGUACAAUAAUUGCUAUGUGAAGCUGGUUGAUUUCCCGGAGUGCUUUGGAAGUAGAUGUAAAUUGUUCUAUUUUUGGAAAAUUUUCAUGGGUUUGAUAUUAUGGAGUGUUUACUUAAAUGUAUUGUAAUAAGUUUGGUAUUUGUCUCAAGAGGACUUUGCAAAGGCAAUUUUUUUUAAUCAAUAAAGAAAUUUCUAUUCUUUUUUGGAAAGCAAAUUAAAUGAAAUGUUACAUCUUAUUAAAUUUUUGAUAUUUUGUCAUUUUUCUUCAUAUUUCUAGGAAGUCAUUAUUUUGAAACAUUCUGCUUAUCUGUGUCUGAGCUUACAAUAGAUUUUAAAAGAAUCUUAAAGAUAAUAUACAGUACCCUCAUUUAAAAAUUUAUAAUUAUCAGUUUAACAUGAAAAUAUGGAAAGGCCUUGUAAUUUAGUCAGCAUAGUUACACUUCUGGUAUGGAAGCUCCCUUAUCCAAACAGAUGGCAACUAGUAUACAACUUAGUACACAGAAGUUAAAUUAUUUACCCAUUUGCAACAUGGUUAAUAUGAAAAUGUAGGGAGAGCCCAGAGGGAGGUAAGGAAUUUGAACUCAAAUUGUAAAAAAAAAAAAAAUGUUAAAAAUUUUUGUUUAAAUUUAAUUGAAAAAAAAAUAAAAUGAAAAUUAAAUGAAAAAAGUUGUUUCCCCAGAAUCACAUAGCUAGUAAGUACCAGAGGUACUUUGAAACCAGAUCUUAUUCCAAGUAAGUCCCUCAAGUUCUGAGACUGGGCUGAUUCUAUUACAAUUUACAUUUUAAUAUUUACAAUUUAAUGAUCAUCAACAAAAUCAACUAAACAUACAAAACAAAAAAUAAAAAAAUCUUACAUAAACCUUUAGCAAUAUAGAACUAUUUAAAUAGACAAAAAAUGUUUGUAGUCUUCUUCCAAAUUCAUAUGAAGUUCUACUAUUUUUGAGGGUUUGUGUGUGUAUAUGGAAUAGAUACCAAGGCAUGAUAGAAGGCUAGUCUUAGAAUGUAUAUGUAUAGAAUAAAUACCAAGGUGUAGUGGAUAGAGGGGCUAGCCUUAGAAUAAAAGGUCUUGUAGGCUCAAACCCUACCUCUGAGACCCAUUCAAGUCACAACUUCUCUUAUGCCUCAUGUAACUAAGACUGAAUUAAUAGAUGAGUUGCAUUGAUGAAAUUCCUCUUACAUUGAUGAAAUCAUAGACCAGGUCACUAAAUCAUACAUGAAUAAUUACUGUAGUUAAUUUAUAUACAGUGCUAAUUCUGGUGAUCUUUUUAUUUAUAAACUUCUUUCCAUAUUUAUUAUAUUCUUCAUAUUCACCAUUUUUAUAAUACCAUUAUAUUUAAUUAUAUCAAUAUGCCAUGAUUUAUUCAGCCAUUCUCCAACUGUACAUGUAAAUUGUCCCCACGUUUUAUUCACAAUUACAAAUAAAACAGCUAUAUAUACUUUUGUACAGAUAA